UCCUUCCUCUGCCGUUCCUAGGCCAAGAACCAGCCGAUUCUUAACUCCCUCCCUUGAAACGUGAUUCCUAUCUGAACAACAACCUCGUCCAUCAUCCUCCUUAAAGCUUUCCCUUGAUCGAUUGUCCCUUGAAGUUUUCCGUCGCCGAUCAAUGGCUGAAGCAGAUCGCAGCAAAGAACGUGAUCGCGUUUCGUUCCUGAGUUCUGAUCGAUGAAGCAUGCGAGUGUCUCUGUUGUACCGUGGCCUACUUCUCCCUGAUCGGUCGUGAUUGCAUUCGUGAUGAUUGGAAACAAAGCAUCGAUCGUGAGAAUGAUCAUGUCCAGAUUUUGAAAUCGAUCGGAAGCGGUAAUCCUUUGUCUGUCUGUAUCUGUCAUGCGUUCUUGUUUCCUGUCUAGGCUCUUUCCGACGUCGCCGUCUCACCUCGGUCCAUUCUCCACUAUCGACGGAAUGACCCCCCCGUUUCUGCCUUACUUCCGGUGAAGGCGGUGACCGAAACCGCCGCUCUAGGCUUGCCCUAGAUGCAGCUCUGCGCUCUCUCUCUCUACCUCUCUCUCUCUCUCUCAUGUUAAGAAGGGUUGAUAGAGUGCCCAAAUGUGUCUGGUUGCCCGAAUCUAAAAGUUUUAAUACUUAACAAUUGUCUUAGCUUGCCUGAAGUUGAUUCAUCAAUUUUCCUUCUCCAAAAGCUUGAACGAUUAUGGAUGUAUGCAUGUACGUCACUAAAGAGCCUUUCCAGUAACACUUGUUCACCAGCCCUCAAAGAAUUGUGUGCUACGCAAUGUAUCAAUCUCCAAGAGUUCUCAGUCACAUUUGCUUCCACUGAUGGUUUGGAUUUGGCUUUACCAGAUAGUUGGAAUGGGAAUGAACUUCCAUCAUCAAUAUUGAAUAAAACAAAUCUUGGACUCUUUGAAUUUCCUUUGAUUGAAUGUCUUGUGGAUCUUCCUGAAAACUUUGCCAAUUAUAUUUGGCUUGAGAGUCCACUGAAUGGUGAACUUGACCAUUCCAUCACCUUACAUAAAGUACUUUCUAGUCCUGCCUUCAUCACUUUAAAACACUUAAUCAUUUCUGAUAUCCCUAUGUUGUCUGAAAUCUCAGACAACAUCUCCUUACUAUCAUCAUUAGAGGCUUUAGAACUAAGUUGUAUUGGCAUUAGAAGCUUGCCCGAAACCAUUAAGUAUCUUCCCCGACUCUACCGGCUUAAUGUUAUUUUUUGUAAAAUGCUUCAAUCUAUUCCGAUGCUUCCACUCAAUCUAGUCGAUUUCACUGUCUUAGAAUGUGAAUCUCUUGAGAUAGUGUUGAGUUCAAUGGAUGAUCCAUAUGACAAACCCAAUCCCAGUACGGUUAUUCUCCGUGACUGCAAACAAUUGGAUCCGCAUUCGUAUCAGACAGUUUUGAACAAUGCUAUUGUUGCGAUUGAACUUGGAGCAACUGGAGAAGAUAAUAGUAGCAUUCAGUACCUGUUACCUGAUAUGCCUGGCAGAGACCAUCGGUUCCAUUACCGUUCUACACAAGUUUCAAUCACUCUUGAGCUUCCUCCUAAUUUGUUGGGUUUCGCCUAUUACUUGGUUCUUUCUCAAGGCAGUUUGGGAAGAAGUGCACGUUUUGGAUGUGAGUGCUACUUGGACAGUAGUUCAGUUGAAAGGAUCUGUAUAACAAGAUUCCCUGGACCCGACAUGUUCAGAUCUGGAAUGUUAUAUGGUAAUGAGAUUAUAAUCCUCAUGAAGUCAGAUCAUGUGGUUUUAUGGUAUGAUCCAGUAUCUUGCAAUCAGAUAAUGAAAGCAGUUGAAGAAAUAAAAGCCAUUAAUGAUGUGAACAGCACCAGUUACAAUCCAAAGCUUACAUUUAGAUUCUUUAUUGAUGAAAAUAAAACUCCAUAUGAAGAAGUAGCAAUAAAAGAGUGUGGGGUUCACUGGAUAUAUAAAAAAGAAACAGUUCCUCCAACAAGGAAAUUAAAGCAACAUGUCUUUGGAACUUCAAUGGCAAGCCUAGAAUUAGAUGUAACAAAAGGCUUGAGGUAUUUACUUGAAUAGGAUUUGGUGGAGACAACAUGGACACUUGUGUUUGGUUGGAGAGAAGAAAAAAGCAAGAGAGGAAGAGGAGAGAACAUGGCCAAAUUUGGAUAUAAAUUGUUUUCAAUGUAUUCUUCAUUAAUAAAGGUAUAAGAUAAGAUAUUAGUAGUUUAGUACUCAUGUAAUGUAUAAUUGUGAGUUUUAACAAAUGAUGCCAUAUAUGCCAAUGUAUUCUUCAUUAUUGUUCUGAA